AUGGAAGCGACAAGUGCUUCUUCAUCAACGGCACUUCGAGCAGCCAGCCUCAUGCUCUUCUUGAUUCCCUCGGCCGUCUAUUGCGGCCUACCGCCGAGCCCGCCUGCCCCCCAGCAGCCACUCAACCAAGUCGUCCUCGCUCCUUGCGUUCUACCACAAAGACUCAGCCCCCAGUUAUGGGACCAACUCCACCUCGACGAUUUCCUCAAGAACUAUCCCGGCAUCCAAUCGAUUUCCGUACAGGAAUUUGCCCGACAAAAUGGCGCCCAAAACUUCCACUGCGGAAUUGGAGAAAAAUGUAACAUCGGUGAGCUGUGUUAUCCGGUCAAAGGUUUGGCUUGGUAUAGCUUGUUCGCGAUCCAAGAGUUCAACCUAUUCAUGAACUCGGUCUAUAAGGCUGUCGGGACGACGAUGGACUUGGUCCGCUUUACUACGGCGUCUCUCCUGGGUGAUCUGAUCAAGCCGGCAGAUAAAUCAAAACACCAUCACGAGAUGCUCUGGUUUGACACGUUUAUGUUCCUGACCGCGAUCACCAUCUCGCUGUCGUUCGGCCUACUGGUGAGCAUGAGUGCCUUGACAGCAGACUCGACCUGGUUCACUGUCGGCGCGCUCUCGAAAUACAUAGGCGCGGCAAGCGGGGCGACGUUCACGGGCUUUGCAAUAGGGAAUAUGGUCCAUCGGUCGACGGAGCGCAAGCCGGAAUCCGCCUUCGACUAUUGGUCCCAAUUCGCGUUCUACUUCAGUCAGUGUCAGACCCAGAUGCAACAGGGCAUCACUGACUCCCUCCGCCAGACACUGGACCAGGGAAUCGCAAAGCCCGGCACAAAUUCACUGGCCGACCUUUUCGCACAUGGCGCCUUCCUCAGCCCCCGGGCUAAGAAAACCUCACCCGAGAUCGAGGCAGCGCUCAAAGACGUUACCCAGAUCAGGGCCCUCGUCAUCCUCUUAAGGUCCAUGAACGCUUUUAUCACUCGCGGUAGUGAGCCUUGCCGGGGACGUGGAAUUAACGGAGCAUGGGACGAGCGGGACCAUCUAUCGUUCUGUGGGCCAGACAACGUGAUGAUGAAUAUUGUGCUUGCUCGGGGAGACAAGGUAGAGAAGACGAUCUACAACGCGCAGUCGAUCGGAGUCAAGUACAGCAUUAGCACCGAGUACCUCACGACAAGCGCAUGGAAGUGCCAGAGCCAGCACGGGAUGUAUUUCGACCCCUACGAGCGCUCCGCUCUCCCGACCGAUCCUAACGCCGACUGUCUUGUCAACCUGCCCGUCUGCGACUGUACUCGUCAAGACAUCCAGGACGAAAUCAAGAAAUCAGGAAUCAUUGGCGCCUGUCGGAAACUUGGCCAACUCAAGAUCUAACAAAAACAACACACAGUACUGCUUUUUCACACAUUACUUGUUGCGAAGGUUGGUAUAACCAUCACAGACUCUCUUCCCUUUUCUUUUACUAAACUUCAAGCCUUUCCCUUUUUUAUUUAGUUUGCUUUGGGUUAGAGCAUAUCAAUCGGUUUUAUUUAUACCUUCUUCAUUCUCUCUUACUCUUGCUCAACUUCGACACCACCCAAAAAAAACUCAUCCCCCAAGCGUUGUAAGAGUCGUCGAUGGCCUUGACUUGCCGACUCUCAUGUUGUGUUUUUUUUUUUUUUUUUAGUUGUU